AUGGCUAUGCCUUUCGGUUUGACAAGUGCCCCUCGGAUAUUUACCAAAGUACUGAAGCCAAUUAUGGCUAAAGUUCGCAGCUUGGGUAUCCAUGCUUUCUAUUACAUAGAUGACUCUUUGGUCAAGGCUGCUGACAGAGAGGUUUGUGAAAGGAACUGUAGGGUGUUAGCUGGAGUUUUGGAAUCUGCUGGGUUCCAGAUUAGUUCCGAAAAAUCUUUGUUUUCUGCUAGUCAAAUGGUCAUUCAUCUUGGGUACUUGAUAGAUUCUAUCACAUUUACCGUUUCGUUACCAGAACAAAAGGUGAAGAAAAUCAUAGAUGCAUGUUCCCAUGUCUUAGGUCAAAAGUCAAUUUCUCUAAGGGAACUUGCUAGUCUCAUUGGCUUGUUUACGUCAUCUCUUAGAGCAGUUCGGCUGUCAGGGCUAUUUUACAGAUUGGUAGACAAGGAAAAGACAGCAGCCCUACAUAAUGGUUUGUCUUAUGACGACAAGGUCAGUUUGUCUAGGUUGGCACAAACGGAGAUAGUAUGGUGGAGAGAUAAGGUGAACAGUAUGAAUGGUCGGGCGAUAAGACCAAGUGAUCCAGAUGUGAUUAUGGAAACUGAUGCAUCUGGUGAUGGAUGGGGAGCAAAGUUUGGCUCUCAGAUAACAAAAGGUCUUUGGUCAAAAGCAGAACGUGAACAUCACAUAAAUUUUUUGGAAUUAAAAGCUGUCUGGUUGGCAUUACGAUGUUUUUGUUCAGACAUGUCUGAUACUCAUGUCAGGGUUGUGACGGAUAACGUCUGUACAAUUUCAUAUGUUAAUAAGCCUGGUGGAAAUGUAACAGAGCUGAAUGAGUUAGCAAAAGAGAUAUGGCUGUGGUGUACGGAAAGAAAUAUUUUCAUUUCUGCCUGCCACAUACCGGGUGUUUUGAAUGUUGAUGCUGAUUACUUAUCACGGUCAAUGCAGUCUUCGGGAGAGUGGUCAUUACACCCUCUGAUAUUUGACAGGAUAUGUGGUCAUUUCUUCAAUCCAGAUGUUGACCUAUUUGCAAAAAAGUCAAGCGUGGCUACCUACUCUAUUAAAUAUUGUUGUGGAUGCCCCCGCACGCCUGCCGAGGUGGCGAGACUUGCUAUUGUCCCCACAGGGGGAGCCGCAUCCCUUAAGAAACAGCCUGAGACUGAUCGCAUGUUGCGUGUCAGGAGAUCUCUCCAGAAGCAGGGCUUUUCACGACAGGCUGCCACACUUGUCUUCUCCUCCUGGAAACAGUCCACGUCCAAGCAGUAUGACUUGGCAUGGAAUAACUGGGUCUCUUGGUGUGGUGAACGACAGAAGAGGUUUGCAAGUGUCCACUUCCACAGUGUGAAGAUGGAUGAGAGAAGUGAUGAUGGCGGCUGGAAUUGA